GCUCUUAAGCUGGGCAAGUUCAGUCGUUCAGAACGAGCUCUCAAAUACGGUUCGGAGUGUGAAGUGUUCAGAUCAAUAACAAAACCAUGCGAUCGUUGCUGUUUACCGCUUUGGUGGUAAUGAUUGCCUGUGCAUUAGUACAAUGUGAGGAAUCUUGUUUGCAAUACAUUGAUUCUUUGGAACAAAUUCAUCAACAACUCAUAAAUGAAGCACAUAAUCACAAUUACAAUAUGCAAGUAUACGGCGGAAAAUCAUACGUAUCGAGAACUAGUUACAUUCUCAAAAUGCUGAAUGCUGAAAUAAGUGCAGCUCAACAAGAGAGUUACUAUGGCAGUUAUAGUCAUAACAAAUAUAACAAAAAUGGCAGAGGAAAACCAACAAAUGGAUGUAAAGAAUUAGAGGAUGAAAUUCUGACCAAGAGCAGAGAGUUCGGAAUUGAAAAGAUUGGACUGGAGGAUAAUUUGCAGCGGCUAAGGAAAGUCUUGCAAUAUCAGCAAGAUAAGAGCAACUUUUAUUUCCAGGAGAAUGAAGAAUGUAAGCUACAGAAAUACUAUAGCGAGGGAAACAAAACAGAACUGGAAGCCGAGAUACAAACCUUGAAAGCGAAUCGUGCCAAGCUGGAAAAAACAAUCAAAAGUCUAAAUGUGACCGUUCAUAAACUUGAAAGUGACAAGAAAAAACUGCAGGCUAAAAUCAACGCAAAUUCACCGGCCAUCCACGGAACAACUGGAAUUGAAUAUCCCAUCGGGGCACGUGAAAUCGUCGGUACCACAUCUUCAACAACAACAACCGAAGCUUCCGCUGCAGUGCAAAACGUAACAAGUGAAACGAGUUCUGGAGAUGAUGUAGGUUCAGACCAAACUUCCGUCAUCCCGGAUAUAGAUUUGAGAAAUAGUGCUAGUUAAAAAAUAAAUCUAUGAAGCAUACUAAUGAAAAGACA